UAGGUCGGAAUCUAAAUAAGAGGUAUUGAUCCAUUGCUGAAUUGUGGUCGCCAUAUUGUUUCAAAGACUCCACAGACACUGAGGGCAGCAGUACCACCACCAAAGAGGGCAGCCAGUACCACCACCAAAGCAUACCACAGAACAGGAAAUCAUCCAUGUUUGGUGGGUGUUGAAAGUUGUGUUAUGACAGGAUAUAAUGGCCCAGUCUCCCAAUGAUCCAGAAAACACUUUCCUUAGUUUCUCCAAUCCCAACUACCAAUUUGAAGACCAACUUAAAAUGAAAUCCAGUAAAAUUAACAAAGACGUAAACAUCUAUGAUGAGGUAGACAUCACGUCAAUGUCUCUGUUAGACAAUAAAUCUGCUUCAGAAAAAUACUCCAACAAAAGUGAGAAACAGAGACUUCUGGCCGAAUUGUCUGCCGACAGUUCAUCAGAGGAUGAAGACAGGAGUGAAUGUGAAAACAAGGACUUAAAACAAAACACAUGGAAAAAUGAGAAAAAUCUAAUACAGAAAGGGGGCAGGAAUUCACAAGUGGAGAAUGAAAACUCUGGCAAGAAAUCCACAGGGUUUCUGGACUAUUACUCCAUGCUGGAAAGCAAAGCCAAGGAAAAGUCCCAAUCCGUCUCAUCCGACCUGGAUCUGGAACUGGAGUGGAGUGGGAUUACAUCUCCAGUCAGCCAGGCCAAAGUCAAGUUUGACAUAAACUCGCCUGAUAGUGGUAUCCAUUCAGAUGCAAGAUCAGAUGAUGGGACACAUGUCCAUGGACCUGUUAAUGAUGAUGUUUCCUCAGUGGUCACUAAGUCAUCAGAGCAGGACAGUUCGGAAGAAACCACACCCACAGGGGACGUGCCGAAGGAAGUGGUGCUGCCACCUGGCUGGGAGAAGUGUGAGGACGAGGAGGGGGCGUAUUACUGGCACAUCAAGAGUGGGACGAUCCAGAGGGAGCUACCAUCACCAGCCCCACCCGAUGUCAAACAGACCACACUUAGGUCACUGAGUGUUAAGAGUAAUUCGAGUUCUGGCUCUACAAAUGGAUCUGUACCCUCUAGUCCAUCUAGUGUAUCCUCUAAUACAGAGGACCCACUAAAGGCUUUUGAAGGCCAUGCCUUACAAUAUGCUGCAAAAUCAUUGCAAAACAUUUCCUCGAAGCAGGAGGUGCAACCAGAACCAAGGAAGACUGAACCGCAUGAGAAGCCAGUACGAUUUGCAGUUCAGUCGUUGGGUUGGGUCAGGAUAGCUGAGGAGGAUUUGACUCCUGAGAGAAGUAGUCGAGCUGUCAAUAAAUGUAUUGUGGAUUUGUCAUUUGGCAGGAACGAUAUCAACGACGUAGUUGGUCGAUGGGGAGAUGGUAAGGAUCUGUACAUGGAUCUGGACAAAGACAGUCUGAGGUUGGUGGACACUCAGGAUUUCACCACUCUUAACUCACAGCCCAUACAGUCCAUCAGAGUCUGGGGAGUGGGCAGAGACAAUGGACGAGAUUUUGCUUAUGUUGCUCGUGAUAAGACAACAAGGAAGCAUAUGUGUCAUGUGUUUCGAUGUGACACCCCGGCUCGACACAUUGCCAACACUCUGAGAGACAUCUGCAAGAAGAUCAUGUUGGAGCGACACUUGGAACAGAAUGCAGUGGUUCAGCGACUUAGUCGGCCCACCGACCUCCCAAACCUGGACAAAUCUAAUGGACAGACAAACGGACAAAAGCUGUCCUUUCAGAGCUUGUAUAGCAGUAUUUCAUUUCCUACCCCAAUGGAGGAACCUAAGAAAAUCAUCCGCUGUCACUAUCUUGGACGUGAAAUGGUCUCUAAGCCAACAGGGACUGAUGUACUAAACAAUGCCAUCGAGUCUCUCUACAGUCGGAUCCCACCAGAAAAAUGGAUCUUUGUUGAUGUAGCAAUAGCUCCCUCCACUCUCACUAUAACAGAACAUGGGAAACCAGAGAACAGAAUAGAUGACUGUCGCAUUCGAUAUCUGUCAUUCAUGGGAAUAGCCAUGGAGAAUGCCAAAUUGGGUGGCUUCAUUAUACAUGGGGCUGAGGACCAGUUUUAUGCCCAUGUGUUCCACUGUGAGCCAUCAGCUGGACCUCUGUGUAAAACUAUAGAGGCAGCUUGUAAGCUACGGUUCCAGAAAUAUUUAGAUGCACAUGGAAUUCAGACCCCAACUCCAACACAGAAAAACAAGUUGGAGAAUAUAGGGGCAACCUUCAAAGCAGGGAUGAAGGCCAGUGCAGAGGGGGUACAGUCGGGGGUCAAGGCCAGUCUACAUGGAGUUCAGUCUGUGUUCAGUUUACUUAAAAGUAAAGUCAAAUCUGACCAUACGUGAUGACCUUUAUCACAUUUGUAGUUUUGGUGCUUGCUUUCGACACAGUGUUCAGAGCUUUGUGGAGACCUUGAAGUCCCCUGUCAAGUAAGUCUACAAGCAAGAAAUGGUAUCCAACAGAAUGCUUGCAAAGAAGACAAAUAAUGCUGAUCUACCAUUCGUAACUAAUAACUACAUUAGAACUGUUGUGUUUGAUGGUGUUCAUUCAAAAGAAUAAAUCCAGCAUUAUAAAUUAUUGUGUAAGGUGAUAUGCAAACUGUCUGUACUUGCUUGUGAAUAUUUUGUAGUGUUUUUUGGAUAGGAGACAGUAUAAAAUUUAACAUAAUUUUUUGCAUACAGUAUUUACCAAUGAAUCUCCUGUUUUCCUGUUGAAGAUAUUUGAAAAUCUGAUUGUUCCUUGGUACAUGAAGAUUUUUAGGGACUCUGUCUAAGCAAGUUUUACCAAAUAUGAAAAUCAUAAACCUAGGCUGGAAUCUUGAAAUGACUGGCAAUGUAGAAAAGCUUGCUGUGAGAAUAUUUUAACACUGCAUUCCACAUUUUUGUAAUUGUACGUAAAAGUUUGUACAUGUACUAAUACUUGUAAGCUUUAAUUUUGUAUGAUAUUUUUAUACAUGUAAAUGUCUGCCAAAUCUUUGUUCUGUUAAUGGUUGAAUUUUAUACUAAAUUUUUAUAGCCUCUGUUUUGAUUUGUUUUUCAAUCCUUGCCUUUGUUAUCAAGCAGGUAUAUAUACAUAUAGUUGUGUUAUUUUUGUUUUUAAAAGUUAUCAAAACCACCAUUAAAAGGGGUAGUUAGGUUGUUUUUGCAAAACUUUGAGGACCAGUUUAAUAUGAGCUAAUGUGAUAUUGGUAUGGGCAUUUGUACUUAUUUGUAUGCUAUGUAUACAAGUUCAAUUUAUUUCUUCCAGUGUGUUUUAAUUUGUACAUGGCUUAUACAUUAUUAGUUUGUAGAAUGGUAUUUAAUACAUUUAAUUAUGAGUUGAUUUACUGCUAACAUGCUACUUUUUUAAACCUAUGCCAGUUUAUAUACUCAUUUGAUAUUUUUUAUCCUGAUGUUGCUUUUACCAAUGAUUUGCCAUAUUAUUGUUUUCCGACUUAUACCCAUGUGCAAUAUCAAGUGUUUUCAGGUGUAACAGCCAUUUUACAGUGUAAGAACACUUAUUGUGACAGUUUAAUUCAUUGAUUUGUUUGAUUGUCUUGUUUUGCUGAAAUACUUAUGUUCUAUGCAUUUCUGUGAAUCCAUCUGUGAUGAGGAACUUGUACUUUUCUAUAGACUUGAAUUUAUCAAGAGUUAUUUCCCGUUGGUUGUCAUACAGGAGGUCACCAUGCUUGGAUGUCACUGAAGUGUAGAAAAGAUUGAUUUUUCUGAUGAAUUUGCCUUAAUUAAAGUCUCCUAUAAUUCAUGAUUAUUUUUAUAUUGUUAAGAUUUUUGCCAUAUAUCAUUUAUUCUUGCUAUACAUGUUUUAAAUUUGAUCAAUCAAAAAAGAAAAUUCCCAAGGUUGACCUCCAAACAUGCUGGCCAAGGGGAAUAACUUUGACAGAAAACAUGGUAUACUUUCUAAAUUACUUGAAUUUUUCAAAGAAAUUUUAUUGCAACAGAUAUUCAAAAAUUCCAAAAAUUUUUCUCCAAAAAUGUGACAAAAAUCAGUUGUUAUUAUUAUAUAAUGCAUAUUUUUUGCUUUAUUUUAGAGGAUGUUAGUCAGGGCUAUUUUAGGCUUAUAUUUAAACCCCCUGGGAAAAAUAUAAGAAAUUGCAUUAAAUUUGACAGCUCAAACAGAAAAAUACCAUUUCAUAUUUUAAAGAUGGAUCUGUUUGGUAAUCUGUUUACUACUCAGCCUCCUUGAUCUUUUAAAUCCAAGUCAAUCAAGGUAGAUAGAUAUUCAGAUUUAGUUUCAUUCAAGUCAUCCUGCAAAUACAGUAAAACUCGAUAUAGCAAAUUCCCUUCACUAUAUACAUAAUGAGUAAUAACCUAUAAUGAAUUUGUUUUAAAGCAUAAAUAGCAAAUUCUCAAUAUACAUAUUUUCUUUUUCAAGUAUAACUUUCAAAUAUGUUAAGAGAAGUAUUAAAUACAAAACUUACCUUGGAGAAGUAAAAUUUUCCGAUGAUUUAAAUUUUAGAUAAAAAGUACAAAAAAAUGUCGAAUCAGUAUUUUGAGAUUUUUAAUAUAUUGUUGUAAAAGGAUGUAAAUUUCACUAUUUUUAACCUCUACAGGACACAGAAUCUAUUUGCUAUGUCUGUAAAUUCUUCAUAUUAAAGAUAAGAUAAAGUUUUGCAAGGAAUUGUUAUGAAUUUUUGCCAUGGAUCCCAAAUACUUGACUAUAUCCAUUAAUUUGCUAUACAUGUAUCUAUAAAUUUGCUACAUCAGUAAAUUUUCUAUAUCCAUGUUCGUACUAUCAAGUUUUACUGUAAAGGCUGUUGCCAUCUUUUCCCUACAAUGACACUGAUGGGUGACAAGGUUGUGUUUUAUUUUUUUUAAAUGGUAUCUUUUAAUGACUAGAAAAUCAAAAUAUUACUGUUAUUAAAAUUUGUUUUUAUUUUUAAAAUUUAUAUUAAUGUUGUUUCCUAAUACUGAGGUUUUUUUUUUAUUUGCAACCAGUUUUUCUUAGAUUUUAUGCAAGAUCAUGCUAUCACAAUGUUGUAUAGAAUGUAUGUUUAUACUAUUGGAUGAAUGUGUCAUUCAGAAUGUAAUAGUAUCUCUUUUAUUAUUCUCACAAAUCUAACCUAGAAAUUAAGUCCUGUUAAGUAUAUUGACUGGAAUUUGAACAUAUUUUGUAAACUUCCUUUGGAAAUCUGUCAAGCAUUAGGAAAAAUUUUAACACUGUCGUUGGAUACUUGGCAUUUUAGACUUUAUCUCUUUAUAUAAAUUGUAUAAAUGAUUAUGUAGUCAAAGGUGACAAUUGUGUACAUUAAUUACUAAAUCAAAUAAUUGUUAUUGUAUAUUAAUCUUUUAAUAUUUGUUUCAGCAUAAUAGAACCUAUCUACAAAUUAUUAUCCAUAAAUGAAGAUUUUUUGUGCACAAACUACAAUUAAUACAUUUUGAUUAAACCAAUCUUCUUGGUUUCUCUGGAAAUAUUUUGGACUUUUGACUUUGAGGGGGAAUCUUCAAACUGUUUGUAAUUCUGUAUAUAAUCAAAUUAUUUUGCCAUAUAUUGGCAUAUACAUUGUAUAUUACUGUGAGUGUGAUGAUUGAUAUGUACAGUGUA